UAAUAUAUAAAAUUAUGAUAUAAACAAUCGUGGUGGCAAUAUCUGGGUCAAUAUUGCUUAUUCACUCGAAUGUGUAGGAUGCAUUGUAGCGUGUUAUAAGAGAGAUGGCGAUGCGAUUUGCAACGUUAAACAUGUAGCCAUUGCGUGAAGAUGUGUGUAAUAUGGUUCUUAUGGCUAUGGUUAACAGCAGUGGUGACUUCGAGUUAUAUAUCCGUUUUACACGAAUCUGUCUUGAGGGAGGUUGCUGGACGUUAUUCUUCCGCUGGUAUUGUGUUGACUCCAGAGGAAUUGAAUGAUCGGGUAGGUCGGUCAUUAUUAAAGGCUUCUGAGUUACUGGGCGUCCCCCUUCCUAGAUCCACUGAGGACUGUGAGAUAGAUUAUUCUGCCUUUUGCCCUGAUGGAUGGCUGUCUAGUGGUGAUGGAAUGCACUGUUUGUUGCCUGAUGACUCUCAUAGCAAUGCCGGUCUUUGUGGAAGGGAAUUGGACAUGUACGAUAAGUCUCCAUUGGACAAGUCGACACUUUCUGAGACCUGCCGCGUAAAAUGGCCCUGUAUGAAGGCUGACGUCUUUAUCCCAAAGGAUAGGCACAUAUGUCCCAGGUAUUGGACAUUGAUUGGUGGCAAAUGUUUUGCUGAUCUCACUUACGCUGGUCCUUGCAAUGGGAGAUUCAGUAUGGUAAACAAGUCUUUAGAUCUGUUGAAAACUGAAAUUCGUGACUGUCGGCUUGACUUUUCGCGAACUGCUGACAUUUUGGAUACAUCCAUUGACUGGUCUACAGACUGUCCUUUAGGAUGGCUUCUUCAAGAUGAUGGGAGUUGUUUACAGAACAGCGACCAAAAUGCGUGUCCUUGCGGCAACAAGUUGCGAUUUACAGAUAAACGUACGAAGCGUCUGAAGACAAUUCUAUGCAACCUGGUGUGGCCUGUCAGAAUAGCUCCUGUUGAAACUACAUGUCCUUUAGGCUGGCGGUAUGAUAACGACACCGAGUUGUGCCUGGCACCUUCCAGUUAUACUGGUCCUUGUCAAUUACGUAUAAACUUUAGCCAAUAUAGCCCUCAUGACAAAGCAUUAUGGGCCAAUUCAUGCGGCGUUUCAUUUUGGGAUCCUGGUGGCGCGUUGUGGACCACUCCCGAGGCUAGAGGUGAACCUGAUAUAUUUUAUCGCAACGGGCCUGUUGAUGAGUCCUUGUCUGUUGUCAGGUUUGACAAAAAGACGAAUGAUCUGGAUAUAAUAGAGCGGCAACUUGAUGCUCUCCAUAAGCUUAAGAAAGAAAGUAGUGACCCUCUAUUUAUUCGUACUAUAUCGAAAUCUAUGGCUCGAUUACAGGAGCGUAUAAAAGAGCUGUCUAAUAAUGCAUUAUCUUUUAUUCAACUUGAAGCUAUUACGGAAUCACGGAGAGAACGGCGUUGUCCAUAUGGAUGGAGGCAGUUCGACACCGUUUGCGUAGCAAGUGAAACCUACGGUAGAAUAGCACCUGGUUGUGAUAUAGUACAUCGUAUAUCAGAGGAGUAUCCUGCGAUGUGCAGAGUUGAGAUCCAAACUAAUCAGGAAGAAGAUGAUUUCGUUAGGGCACACUGUCCUGUUGGUUGGCUUGUAAGGCAGGUGUAUUUUGAAAAUUUGAUACGCCACGUCUGCAUUGCCCCUUCUGAUUAUCCUGAGGCCCGGAAGGUGGAGUGCGGUGGCAGCACGUUAGACUUUUCUGCACGUUCUCCUGGAUUUAAGCGUCGUUGGGCAUUUGCUUGUUUCCAGAGAUUUCCUGCAUUUGAUGACGAGCGUGCUCUUAAAUGCGUGGAGAAUUUUUAUUGGACUUGCCCAUCUGAGUGGGAACUUAAAGACGGCCAAUGUAUAGCCCCGGAUUAUUAUACUGGACCUUGCAAAGGCUCGGUAUCCGUUUCUGAGUUAUCAUCAGAUUCGGCUAAGGCAACAUUCUCUAAUAAGUGCCGUGUUGCGUGGCCAUGCAUAGGCACAUGCAAGAAGGACUAUCAAAGCGCUUGUCCCCAAGGUUGGGAGCGCACGAAUGAUAGUUGUGUAUUAUUAUCAAAUGAUAGUAGCAGUCUCUGCGGGAGGCAGUUUAAGAUUGUUAGGCCAUGGAGCGCUGAACACAAGGAGGAGGUUGAAUUUCGUUGUGCUGUCCAUUGGCCGUGCCAAGAGGCAUAACUACAUACUAAUGUUUAAGUCAAUC